CUCAGCUGACUUUUCUGAUUGGACCCUGGAGUUUUUUAACGCUUUUUGUUCGGUGGGCGAAUGUUUUGCACUUAAAAAUGCCAUUUCGCAGCGCCCGAGCUUCGAGCAAGGUAUGAUGCAACCGACGGACAAUGUCCCUGUUCACAAAGGCGAAUCUCAUCCGCUUCCUGGCCGGCGCAAUCUGCUUGUUGCUGGUGCUUAACUUUGUGGGCUUCCGCACCGACGGAGCCAGCGGCACAUCGCUUAGCAAGCUGAGCAUUCGGCGCGUGCACAAAUAUGCUCAUAUCUACGGGAACGCCAGCAGCGAGGGAGGAGGAGGGCUGCCCGCUGCUCCGCUCGUUUUGUCCAAGGACAGGCAGCUCCUGGAUAAAGCCAACUCCUCCAGCACCUCACCAACUGUGAUUGCCACGGCAAACUUUACUUCCAUUCCACAAGACUUAACGCGCUUCCUGGUGGGCACAAAGAAAUCCGCAUCCGCCCUCCUCGCCAACUGCACUGAUCCCGAUCCCCGUGAUGGUGGUCCCAUCACGCCCAACACCACACUCGAAUCGCUAGACAUAAUCGAAGCCGAGCUGGGUCCUCUUUUGCGUCCUGGCGGAGCCUUCGAGCCGGAUGAUUGCCUGGCCCAGCAGCAUGUGGCCAUUGUGGUGCCCUUCCGCGAUCGCUACGCCCAUCUGUCCGUCUUCCUGCGCAACAUCCAUCCCUUCCUCAUGAAACAGCGCAUCGCCUAUCGCAUUUUCAUUGUGGAGCAGACCAAUGGGAAGCCCUUCAAUCGGGCUGCCAUGAUGAACAUCGGUUACUUGGAGGCCUUAAAGCUUUAUCAGUGGGACUGUUUUAUAUUCCACGAUGUCGAUCUUCUGCCUUUGGACGACCGCAAUCUCUACAACUGUCCACGUCAGCCGCGGCACAUGUCGGUGGCCAUAGAUACGCUGAACUUUAGGUUGCCUUAUCGAUCAAUAUUUGGAGGCGUUUCCGCCAUGACGCGCGAGCACUUCCAGGCCGUUAAUGGGUUCUCCAACUCGUUCUUCGGCUGGGGCGGCGAGGAUGACGACAUGUCCAAUCGGUUGAAGCAUGCCAACCUAUUCAUAUCAAGGUAUCCCGUCAACAUAGCCCGCUACAAGAUGCUCAAGCAUCAGAAGGAGAAGGCCAAUCCUAAGCGCUAUGAGAACCUCCAGAACGGGAUGAGCAAAAUAGAACAGGACGGAAUCAACUCGAUCAAGUAUGCCAUCUAUAGCAUCAAGCAGUUUCCGACCUUCACUUGGUAUUUAGCCGAGCUAAAGAACUCCGAGCGCAAGAGUUAGCCUUUCCAAACUGUCUAAUAUAUGCGUAUGUACAAAGGACAACAUUACUUUCACGAACGGUAGAGUCUCUCUUUUUAAUAGAAUGUCAGAUCAUGGACACAUGAUUACAAUAUUAGACACACAUAUUGUGUACAAUGGUAGUAAGUCCAGUAACUAUACUCAUAUUACGAUGUAGUAUACUUUUAAUCCAUCAUUUAGCUUCAAUUCGUACUCGAAGAACAAACAGUAAGAACUCGUCUCUCUGUAGCAAUAAUCCUCCCGUUCACUACUCAAAGUGCUCAAUGAUACUUAUAUAUAUAGUAUACCCCUUUGUUGAUUUUGUUUACUGUUUUUUUUGUUGAUUUAGUUUUUUGUUAUUCGACUAAUGUACUUUUUAUUAAACUUCUCAAAAGACAGCAGCUACACCUACUCCUACAAGGUGAAAUGUAGAUAUUACUUUUGUGAUAUGCAAAUUGUUAUUCGAUCAGAACGAUUUAUACCAAAAUAAAAACUUAUAAAAACUUUUACUAUACCAAAAAAAAAAGAAAACCCACGCAUUUCCAAAUCCAAUCAAACAUUUCAUCGCUUCGUUUGUUAGAUCUCGUUUUUUAUUAUGGUUACUACGUGUAUUAGAGAUAGUUUUUAUGGCUCUGUAACGACUGGGUUACCUUUUAAGUCGCAGUUACGAUUAUGGUUUAUGAUUAGUGGGUUUUCGGGGGCGCUGGCGAAACGAAUAAUAUUAAGGGAAUUGGAUUCCACGGCUCAUUUAUUAGUGUUUUGGUAUGCGGUAUGCAAAUUAUAGUUAAAACAAUUGGCAUCGAAAUUUAAAUGCUUGAGCAACAAUUUUGAGCAAUCUAAGUUGGG